CUAUAAGGUGUCAGGACGUGGCGGUCUAUUUCUCCAUGGAGGAGUGGGAGUAUGUAGAAGGACACAAGGAUCAGUACAAGGAUCAGGUCAUGAUGGAGGAUCAGCAGCCCCUCACAUCACCAGUCACAUCCAGUAAGAGAACAGCACCAGAGAGGUGUCCCCGUCCUCUUCUUCCACAGGAUGAUCAGGGUCAAGAUCUGAACAAUAUUAAUGCUCCAGAGACAGAUGUGAGCGGUGAUGAGCAGUAUAAGGAGGACAUUCCAACAGGAAAAGAUCUGAACAAUAUUAAGGCUACAGAUUUGAAGGAGGAAGAGACAGAUGUGAGCGGUGAUGAGCAGAAUAAGGAGGACAUUCCGACAGGAAAAGAUCUGAACAAUAUUAAGGCGACAGAUAUGAAGGAGGAAGAGACAGAUGUGAGCGGUAAUGAGCAGAAUAAGGAGGACAUUCCGACAGGAAAAGAUCUGAACAAUAUUAAUGCUACAGAAAUGAAGGAAGAAGAGACAGAUGUGAGCUGUGAUGAGCAGUAUAAGGAGGAUAUCCCGACAGGAAAAGAUCUGAACAAUAUUAAUGCUACAGAUAGUGAGGAAGAAGAAGAGACAGAUGUGAGCGGUGACGAGCAGUAUAAGGAGGACGUUCCUACAGGUAACCGCCCAGGUAAUGCCUUUUGUUCGUCUAGAUAUCGGAAUCUGUCGAAGCAAGCCCCAAACCACAUUUUAGAUGACAUUAUAGGCAAUGAAUCCCAGAGAAGGUCGAUCUCUGACUUGUACGCAGCCUUCCGUAACCGCUUCCUAAAACUUGAUCCCAAACAUGUAUUUCGGACGUGGGAAAGAUGGACACGGCACACAAACAUUACUGACGUAGUGUUGAGCGGGUCUGUACGGAAAAAUGUUAUCGAUGAGAGUAAACGAGCUCAUACAGGAAAGAAACCAUAUUCAUGCUCAGAUUGUGGGAAAUGUUUUACUAAGAAAUCACAACUUGUUCAACAUAAAAGAACUCACACAGGGGAGAAGCCAUUUUCAUGUUCAGAAUGUGGAAAAUGUUUUACUGUGAAGCCACAUCUUGUUAAACAUAAAAGAACUCACACAGGGGAGAAACCAUUUUCAUGUGCAGAAUGUGGGAAAUGUUUUUCCCAAAAAUCAAGUCUUGCUAAACAUGAAAUAACUCACACAGAGGUGAAGCCAUUUUCAUGUUCAGAAUGUGGAAAAUGUUUUACUACGAAAUCAAAUCUUGUUCAACAUCACAUAACUCACACAGGGGAGAAGCCAUUUUCAUGUUCAGAAUGUGGAAAAUGUUUUACUAUGAAAUCACAUCUUGUUGGACAUCACAGAACUCACACAGGGGAGAAGCCAUUUUCAUGUCCAGAAUGCGGGAAAUGUUUUACUAUGAAAUCACAUCUUGUUGAACAUCACAGAACUCACACAGGGGAGAAGCCAUUUUCAUGUCCAGAAUGCGGGAAAUGUUUUACUAUGAAAUCACAUCUUGUUGAACAUCACAGAACUCACACAGGGGAGAAGCCAUUUUCAUGUCCAGAAUGUGGGAAAUGUUUUACUAGGAAAUCAACUCUUGUUAGUCAUCAAAGAACUUGCAAAAGCAAUAAGCCAUUUUUAUGUACAGAAUGUGGAAAAUCUUUUACUGAGGAAUCACAUCUUGUUGAACAUCACAGAACUCACACAGGAGAGAAGCCAUUUUUAUGUUCAGAAUGUGGGAAAAGUUUUACUCAGCAACAUCAGCUUGUUAGGCAUCACAGAACUCACACAGGGGAGAAGCCAUUUUAAUGUCCAGAAUGUGGGAAAUGUUUCGCUAUGAAAUCAAAUCUUGUUAGGCAUCAAAGAACUCACAAAGGCAAGAAUCCAUGGGAAUUCCGGUCUGCCUGCUGAUAUC